GCGACGACGACGAGCACCACCAUCCACAACUUUGGACCAGAACUGAACAUAGUAACUUUCACUGUGACCUACUACUCCGCUUACAACAGACGUGUUUUGCAACCACACACGACAACCAAAACCAGGCAACCGCCAUCAUGCCUUCAGCCGUGGACCCUGAUGAUGACCUAUGGGUGGCCAUCAAACAAAUCUCCCAGUCAUCCGUGGGCUCAGAUUACAUCGACCAGCUGAUCCCCAUCAUGAAAGACGCACGCUACUCAAAUCAACUGCAAAUCACAUUCGAUCGCUAUGCCAACGAUCGCGAGAGUGAGAUUGAGCGCAUAUGCAAUGCGAACCAUCAAGAUUUCGUCAGCUCGGUCGAUUCACUACUGAGGAUACGCGACCAGACCGUACAGAUGAGUGGUGAGAUUCUGCAGCUCAACGAGUCGAUCCAGGAAAGCAUCGAGAAGCUGGCGGAGCAGAAGAAGGCUCUUGUUGAUUCGCGCGGUGUGCGCCAAAAUAUCGAUGAAGCGUCGCAAGCGCUGAACGCAUGUCUGAACGUAUUGCGCAUUGCCAACUCGGUUCAGGACAUGCUGAGGGAAAAGAACUACUACGCAGCGUUAAGAGCUUUGGAUGAAUUGCAGACGAUUCAUUUGAAGGAGAUCAAUCGAUUCAAGAUUGCGAAUGUGAUUGAGAAAUCGAUACCGCAAACCCAGGAGCAAAUCAGAGAGGCAGUCAAGAACGACCUGAGUACGUGGCUCUAUCGCAUUCGCGAGUCGGCGCAGUUUUUGGGGGAGGUCUCAUUUUACUACACCGACGUACGGAGAACGCGCAAUCAGGAGCGCGCCGAAGCCGACACACGUUUCUCGAAGUUCAAACUGAACUCAGCAAUCGAACUGGUGGCCGAUGAGACCGAUGAGUUUGACGUGCUGAACAACGAGGAAGCUGGAAAUGAGACGGACUUCUCACCCUUGUUUGAAGCGAUGCAUAUCAACGAGACGCUCGGCAAGAGCGAGCAAUUCCGAGCGGAGUACGCAUCAGAUCGACGGACGCAGAAGGAUUUGAUCAUACCGAACAAACUGGAUCUACUGGACGAGGAAUGUAGUGACUUGAGCAGCUUGUUGGAGAGUAUCGCGGGGUACGCGAUUAUCGAGAAGGCUACCAUGUCUAAAACACUCAACCUACGGUCACAGGCUGAUGUUGACGAGCUAUGGGACUCGAUGUGUCAAAGCGCAAUAAAUCUCAUCACCAGUCAGCUUCAUACCGUUGAGAAUGACGAACUGCUCUUGAAGAUCAAGGGUCGCAUAGCGCUCUUCAUGUUGACUAUGGAGAAAUGGGGCUACUCCGUCUCCGCAAUGAACGACCUUCUCCUUACCCUCUUCUCCAAAUACUCCUCCCUUCUCAAAGCCCGCUUCAGCGAAGACUUCAGCGAGAUUGUGCACACAGACGACUACAUGCCUAUGCCCAUCAACUCGAGUGAAGAGUACGAUAAGGUCGUCUCGGUAUCCUGGUACAAUCCUCCGGCAUCCAACGAACCCCUCACCUUCCCCUGCGUACUGCCCUUCUCGCAGAUGUAUCCGCUAUGCUGCAUCGAUAUCCGGAAUUUCCUCAACCAGAUCUACCUGUUCAGCGACGACUAUUUCCAGAAGAGCAGUGUCAUUGAUGAGACACUGAGGCAGAGUCUGGAUGAGUUGCUAUGUGAAAAGGUCUGCGGAAGCUUGAUCGAGAGGUUGAGUAGUCAGUAUCCUGGGCAGAUUGUGCAGAUCUUGACGAAUUUGGAGCACUUCGAGAACGCCUGCGUUGAGCUACAGGAUCUACUCUUUGAGGCGCGAUCGUCGCCCUCAGCAACAGGUCCUGUCGUCCUGGCCGCAACCGAUCGCUUCGCUAAAGCCAAGAACACCGCCUCCAACCGCGUCUUCGAGCUCGUGAACAGCAAGAUCGAUGACCUGAUCGAGACAGCAGAGUACGACUGGAUGGCCACCAAGCCCGAGACCGAACCAUCGACAUACAUGUUAGAGCUGACUAGGUAUCUCUCCAACAUAAUGUCUUCGGUCCUUCUCGCGCUCCCCACCGAGAUCAAAGAGUUCAUCUACUUCGACGCUUUAUCCCACGCGUCAACCGCUAUCCUCGACCUCCCUCUCGCCCAACACAUUAAGCGCAUUUCCCCCGCUGCCGUCGCGACUAUUGCCAACGACACAGCUUUCCUCAGCCAAUUCGUCAGCUCGCUCAACAACCCCAUUUUGAUGGAGAACCUGGACGAAUUAACGCAGACAGUCGCGCUGAUGGGCACAGAUGACUCCCUAGAGUUCUUCGACAUCGCGCAGAGGAACAAGAAGUACAGCAAAGUAGAUCAAAUGAAGGGCGCCAUUCUACUGGAGAAGGUACAAGAAGGGGCGCAAGUCGCGGCGCAGAGUCCAACUGUAGGCGGCAAGGAGCGAUUCGGUACACUAGGUUCGAGAUUUGGUAUUAGAUAGAGCAUAGCCUGUCAAUCUCAACAUAACUUUCACAUAACAACAGUAACGCAAUGUGU